AUGUAUACUUAUAAUAAAUUUGGUUCAAGAUCAUCAACUGCAGGUAUAAACAAACCAUCUUCAACUACAUCUUCAACUUCAUUAUCAUCAUUAAACUCGUCAACUACAAAAAAAGAAUUCAAAGUCAAAAAAGAAAAUGAUAAAUCUUCAAGUUCAAAUUUGCAACCAAUAAAUUAUAAUAAUCAUUAUAUUCACACGGGAGAAAUUGCUACAAACUUUAUUAGAAAUGUUAUUAACCCAUUGGAUGGUUAUCCCAAAUUGCAAAAGUUACAUCAAUUGAAAAGAGAACAAAUUGCAAAACAUGCAGUAAAACCAUUUGGUGUUAGAUGUCCAGCCAAUGAAAUAGUCUCAACAUUAAAUAAAUGGGUUGAUGAUUAUAAUUUAAAAUUUGAUGUUAUUAUGAUUGGAGCAUUAGUUGAAAAUCAAUUUGUUUUACCAAUUUUAGAAAAAUUACCAUUGAAUAAAUUAUGUUCAAAACCUGGUUUUUUAUUUAUAUGGGCAACAACUCAAAAAAUUCAAGAAUUAACCAUUUUAUUGAAUAAUGAAAAUUUCAAUAAGAAAUUUAGAAGAUCAGAAGAAUUGGUAUUUUUACCAAUAAAUGAAACCAGUCCAUAUUAUCCAAAUAAUUCAAAUAUAACAAACCAAGAUUUUAAUUUAUUUGAAAAACAACAAUGGCAUUGUUGGAUGUGUAUUACUGGUACUGUUAGAAGAUCAAUUGAUAAUGAUUUAAUUCAUUGUAAUAUUGAUACUGACUUACAAAUUGAAAAUUAUGAAAAUACUUUAAAAAGAGGUAGAGAAGCUUGUCCAAAUCAAAUUUAUCAAGUUGCUGAAAAUUUUUCAAAUUCAAAUAGAAGAUUACAUAUAAUUCCUUCAACUUUAGGUUUAGAUACUCAUGUUAAAUUACGUCCUGGUUGGGUUAUUAUAGGUCCUGAUGUUUUAUUAAAUAAUUUUGAUCCAAUUGCUUAUAAUGAUGAAUUAAAUUUGAAAUCAGUUAUUAAAUAUAAACAAAAUAUCAACAACAAUAACAAUAAUAAAUCUCAAAGUGCUGAUGGUAUGGUAAUUGGUGGAUCAAGUAGUAAUUCAGUUCAAUAUUUGGUUCCUCAAACUGAUGAAAUAGAAGAAUUAAGACCAAAAAGUCCAGUAAAUCAAAGUAAAGGUGGUAACUAA